AUGGACUCUUUGCCUUCUUCAGCAUAUUCAGAUCAUGCAGCUAUAGAGCCGGAUUUUGCUUUCAAUAAUAGUAAUCUAGACCAGGAAGAUGAUACUACCCCGGCGGAGGUCUUAUCUGAAAUGAAGGUGUCUUGGCAAAAUGAAGUGGCCUCGCCCAUUUUGCUGCCUCACAGAUUUGAUGCUGCUGAAUGUCUCAUCGAUCAGAUAGAUGGAAUAGAAGAAAAUUUAGCUCGUCAGUCUGAUAAGACCGCGCCAUGGAUAGCUAUUCAUCGAAUGGAGCAACAGCGUCUCACAUAUAUUGUUAAUGAUUAUAUAAGAGUUCGCUUAGCGAAAAUUGAGCAGAAUCCUCGUUGGCUGCUGAAAGAGCAUGAACGUAGAAUCCAAAUGUAUAAUCCGAGUGUUGAGGAACAUCCUGUUGAACUCUUAGCUCCACAAGAACUUGAAUUUGCCAAACGUUACGCAGAGUCAGAGGGUAUCCUGUUGGGAAAUACCUUUUUAGGUCGCUUACCCCCUGCAUUGAGGAAAAUUGCUGUUAGUGAGCUAGAUACCGAGUUCGAUAGAGUGUUCGCAGAAGUCAUGGUAGAUGAUGUUGAGCAAGUUGUUGUCCCAGAUUAUCAGGAUCCCACCUCUGAUGUACUUGUUGGAUUGGAAAAAGACUCGGUGCAUUUGAUUGCUUUCAACUCGGUGCAAAAUCAAAUUGAGAGAGGGCAAGUACGACUUUUGUAG